AUGUCGGAAUCGUCGGAAUACGAAAGUGACGUCGCGUCGCUUCCAAGCGAUUCUGAGGACUACAGCUCCGAAGAAAUUGUGCUCGACGACGACCCUUAUUCCACAGACCCUCUACCACUUGACCCUGCUGCAGGUCGUGCUGCAGGUGAAGGUGCAGCCAGUGAAAGCGAGCCGUCCGAUAGCGACGACACUUUCGGAUGCCUCUGCACUCGCUGCAGUCCAGUGGAACCCGAUGAACGCCGGUGCUGCAGUUCUGUUGAUCGGGUGUCGGCUGUCUGUGAGGGUGCCGGGGUCAAUUGUAUCACCGAUCACCCACUCUUCAAUGACAUUUGUCUGCGGAGGGAGCUCCUGGUUGUCUAUGCUCCAGUGUUUUGCCGUGAUGACCGUCGCAUGCGUGUUCUCGAGCCAUCUGACAAUAGGUACUGUGUCUAA